GGCGGGCAGGGGUUGGCGGUGCUGGCCCCUGACGCGCCCUGUGGCCGCGCUGGGGCAGGAGGCCCGCCCUGGGUGGGGGGAGUGCGCGCGUGUGCACGAGCGUGUGCGCGCCUCCCAGGGGCUCCAUGCCCAGACACGGGGAGGUGUGUACGAGGGAGAUGUGAGACGCCUGUGGGGAGAGGCUGUGUGUGUGAGAUCCUCGCUACGCGAUGCACCCGGCCCGGGCCACUAGGAGGUUCGGGUGGGCGUGGGCCGGGUGUGCGCAGCCCUCCGUGGAGCGUGUGGACGCGUGUGUCAGUUCUCGGUGGCCAGUGUCACUCGGGGGGAAGUGCAUAUGUAGGCUGGCGUGCAUGUGAGUACAAAGCGGCCGAGGAGUGUGUGUUCACCACGGCCCUCCGUCGGGGUCUUUCUCCGAGGAAGGAGUGAGCAUGUGAGGAGGACCUCGCUGUGACCGGCGGGGACGCCGACGGCCACGCUCCCCAGCGGGGUGUGUGUGAGGAGGCCGGGCUCGCUGAGGAACGUCGCGCGGGGCCGACCGGCGCGCGCCUGUGCGCGUGCGUGUGCGCGUGGGGCGCGGCGCGCGCCGCGGCGGAGGGAGGGAGGGUGCCAGCCCGGACCCGGUCGCAGCGCCCGGGGCGGCUCCUCCUCGAGCCUGGGACCGCCGCGCUCCCGCCGCCGCCGCGUGCUGGCGUGACUCCCGGCCCGUGCCGCGCCCUCGCGCGUCCGCAGCCGGCUCGGCUUCCUGCCCACCCAGACGUCGCUUCUCCCGGGCUCCCGGUGUCGGCUCCGCGCGGAGGGAGAGGAAAUGAGUGCGGCGGCAUCGGCGGCGUCGGAGCGGGGUUGGAAGAGCGAGAAACUAGAUGAGGCUCAGGCCCUGGCGCGGAGUUGCGCCGCCCGCAGACCCGACUUCCAGCCGUGCGACGGGCUGUCUAUCUGUGCCACGCACAGCCAUGGCAAGUGCUUCAAGCUGCACUGGUGCUGUCACCUAGGAUGGUGUCACUGCAAAUACAUGUAUCAGCCUAUGACCCCUGUGGAACAGCUUCCAAGCACUGAGAUUCCUGCCAGGCCUCGGGAACCCACAAACACCAUUCAGAUCUCAGUCUCGCUCACUGAACACUUUUUGAAAUUUGCAUCUGUCUUCCAGCCUCCCCUUCCCCCUGACUCACCGAGGUACUGUAUGAUUUCAGACCUCUUUAUUGACAACUAUCAGGUUAAAUGUAUUAAUGGGAAGAUGUGUUAUGUGCAGAAGCAGCCGGCGCCACAUUCCCACAGAAUGAGCCCUGAGGAGGUCUCUGCACACGAUGCCUUAAUUUCAAAAGAGAGCAAUACACCAAAAAUAGAUCACUGCUCUUCUCCCUCAAGUUCUGAGGACUCUGGGAUCAAUGCGAUUGGGGCUCACUAUGUGGAAUCGUGUGACGAGGACACAGAAGAAGGAGCAGAACUGAGUUCAGAGGAAGAUUACAGUCCAGAGAGCAGCUGGGAACCGGAUGAGUGCACCCUUCUCUCCCCCUCGCAGUCUGACCUGGAAGUGAUUGAAACAAUAGAAACGACCGUGUGAGAGUCCAGACAGGAAGCCGCAGCCUCGGACCCACACCAAGCUUUUGUACCUUUGUCUGGUGGAUCCUUUUUUCCAAUGCUGUUGAUAUUUUCUGCCCACCCCGCCCCACUCCAACCAACAACCGUAGCAGUUCAGUGGUAUGCUGAUUAGCUUCUCUCUGUCUUACAACUAAGACAUUCUUUUUAUUAUAAACGGUUUUCUUUUGUAUCUCGACUUACUUUCUAUGUAGCAUCUGGUGUCAUGAAUUGUGACCCAGCCUUAAUUUCACUGGGAGAUUUGAAGGCGGUGAAGUGAUGGUCGCAGAGAAUCUUGGAUCAGAUUGAGGAGGUACCGAAAGGGAAGGAGCUGGUGUUUUCUCGGUAGCCAGUCCUUCAGAGAGACUCUUGCCAUUCCCUUUGGCAUGUUCACAGGCACUCCCAUCCUGUCCUGCUUGUCCUACGCAAGCAGCACUCCCUACUGAGUGUGCACUGGUAGAUGCCGUUUCUUCCGUUCCCCUUCUCCCCACACCUGCACUGGGUCUGGAUCAGAGCUGCCUCGGCUUACUUCUGGGAGGUCACUGGAGGCCAGCUCAGCCCAUGGUUUGUGGCCAGUGUCUGUACAAGGCUCCGUGACUGGGGCUGAGCUAAACGUUCACAUGAGAAGAGAUGACCUCAUCUGUCUCAUGCUCAAUCCAGCCUUAGCUGAGCACCUGUCCCCUGCAGGGUGCUGUGGGGACACAGCAUGAAUAAGACCUGAUUCCCACCAUGAAGGGGCCCACAGUCCUAUAUAUGACACAUUCAACUCAUGACACCCAGAAAGCUCUGGGAACCCAGGGGAAGGAUGAGGUUUACUUGGCUGGGGCUAGCUGGGGAAUGUGUUUCAGCAUUUGAGCUGGCCUCUUGGUGGGUUCCCCAACAUUUCUCUGCUUUUAAUUGUUCUUCAAGUCUGGGAAAAACUCUUAGGAAGUUAUAUAGGUAUCACAUUUAGGAGGCAGCCACAUCUGACAUCUUAAGGAAAAAAAACAAUAGUUUUAGUUAGCAUGGAAAUGCUAAAGACUGAAGCCCUUUAGGGAUUAGGACUGAAUCUAAUAGGUUUGAUUAAUUCUGCUUCAUUUGGUUGUAUGAAGCAUUCAUAUGGCUUAAGUGAGGAAUGGAUUAGAAUUCAGUGUGAUGCAUGGAUUUGUAUGCAGAUGCAAAAGCAGUUGAAAUAGUUUGCUGCUAAGUCAGGAGAAAAUAUUCAGUGUAAUAGCCAUUCACUUUCCCACACUGUCUGUCUGUUGUAUGUGUUCUCUCCCCUCACAUGCACAAAAUAGUGACUAAUUCUUUCUUAUUUAGCUCUCUUCAGAAUUCUACUUCUACUCUCCAUUUAUACCAGGUAUUCUUGUGAGUCAGUUAACUGCUAUUUCUCCAAACCUUCUAUCCAUGAGGCAUAGUUUCAAAUCCUGGAAAUUUUAAGUAUGGCCUAAUGAGAACAUCAGAGUUGGAGACAGAACAGUACGUCCAUCCUAACUAUCCAGAAGCAUGCUCUCAGGCCAUUGUGCUCUGAGAUUCCCUUGUGCUCUGGCACCAUUAUGGUACAUCUCUACGUCACAUUAAUUUUUUUUUUUUUUUGAGAUGGAGUUUCACUCUUGCUGCCCAGGCUGGAGUGCAGCGGCGUGAUCUUGGCUCUCUACAACCUCUGCCUCCUGGGGUCAAGCAAUUCUCCUGCCUCAGCCUCCUGAGUAGCUGGGACUACGGGCACGUGCCACCACACCUGGCUAAUUUUUUGUAUUUUUAGUAGAGAUGGGCUUUCACCAUGUUAGCCAGGAUGGUCUCGAUCUGACCUUGUGAUCCGCCCACCUCGGCCUCCCCAAGUGCUGGGAUUACAAGCAUGAGCCACCACGCCCGGCCGGAUUUGUAAGAAAAAGUUGUGUUCUCCCCUGAAGCCUCCAUUUGGCAUCAUUCACAAACUGCUCAAGGAAGAAUCUGCUUUCCCAGUUGUAUGUAUAAUUUAAGUCGUUUACUAGAUAGAACUUUUUUUUAGGUUUAGGUGGCCAAGACAUCUAUAUGGUUUAGAAGGCAGAGUAUACAUUUUCCUUUGCAAACAGUAUGAGUUAAAACUUUCUAUGCUAAAUGAGAAUGCAGCAUCAAGUCUCCACUUACUGAAAUUUAAAGAUUCAACAAGACAAACCAAGAAGGGGGUCAGAGGAGCUCUAGGAAAGGCCCAGGAGAGGGCAGGUGGAGGCAGGUGUGAGCAUGAGGAGCUUCCCCCUGCCAGGGCAUGGCCCAGGUGGCACAGGGACAAUUGAUGAACCCUGCCCGAGGUUCUCGGUGCCUCCCGUGCAUGAGUGGCUCACUGAAGGCAGGUGUGGAAGCUAAAUGCCUGCAAGCCGUGUGUCAGGCCACAGCAGUGCAGUCAUGCGUCACGCACUCAGGUUUGUAACAGCAACACCAGGGCCCUGUCUAGAUUUACCCUGUGGGUGAGCCCGUUCUCCAGAUGGGCGUAUAAAGGGGCUUUCUCCUCUACACCAUUCCUGUCAAUGUUCUGUACAGGCCCACAUUCCCACCACUAAACCAAUGGAGUCAACCAGAUUUCUAAAGCCAUGGAUAUACGUGGUCACGGGGCCACAUUUCUGCAGCUGGCUCAGUGGCAGGCUUGGGCCGUCUCUCAGUACCAUCUAAGACUUCUGUCUAGGUUCCUGUUUUUUUAGACUCCUGAACUGCCGUUCUGAUUAGACACAAUUUUAACGGAAUUUCUGGAUUUAAUAAUAGUUGAUAAUCACCUUAUGUAUUUGCACAAUCUCUUUAUAAUUAAAAACUCACUAAGCUUCACUUACUACUAGCUACUGUAUAGAAUUAGAGACAUUCCAUUGGCUUCUAAGUAUCAGACACUCCUGGAUCUCAAAAUGACCUUUUCUAAAUAAGCACAAGAUUUAUUUUUGUCCUAGCACUGUUGAUAACACUCUGAAAUAUGUUAUUGAACUGGAAUUGUUUCUUUAUGCUUGCAUUCCAAAACCAACUGAAACAGAUUGUAGUUUCACUUUAAAUUCUAGGCCUGUUCUAUAUUAUAUGAAGGAAUUCUCUGUAACGCUGAUACUAUGUUGCUAAUUUGUAUACUUAUAGGCACUUUAGAAAAUGUUUAGACUGCAACAUGCACUAUAACAUUGAACUCAGUCACAUGAAGUGGUUAACACUUGCACACUGACUGACAGAUAUGAAAGCUGUAUACUUCGGACCCAGUAAUAUGCUCAUUGGAGCAAGGGUUGGGCUGUGUGGAUGGAUAAACUGCUUUCUUGGGUUUACAUGGAAACCUGGUACCACUCCUACUUUUGGAAAGUUGGUAUAAAAGCUAUUAGGUAGAAGCUUAAUUCCACUAAAUGUAGAAUUUAGUUUUCUUCUCUAACCAAGAUUUUACAAGUUUCCAGUUUCAAAUAUGCUUAUAACUUUUCCAAGAAAUGAUGAUUACAGUGCUUUUGUGGUUACAACUGUUUGGUAUAUUAAAAAAUAAGGGUUUACUAUCACAUCUAGGUCUUUUUUACUAUGUCAUUUUUAAGAUAUGAAAUAAGAAUCUGAGGACAGCCCUGAAGAACAGUCCUUUCCUGGGAGGGGAAGACUUGUCAAGAUCAUACAAUACAAAAUAAAACAAAAACAAAAGCACCAAGAGCAGAACAAAACAACGUAGUUGCUUUCCUGAAAUACUUUUUGGAUUUGAUUCUAUCUUGGGAGUGGUGGCUUUACUUUUUUUUUUUUUUUUUUGAGACAGAGUCUCGCUGCUUCGCCCAGGCUGGAGUGCAGUGGCGCGAUCUUGGCUCACUGCCAGCUCUGCCUCCCAGGUUCAUGCCAUUCUCCUGCCUCAGCCUGCCGAGUAGCUGGGACUACAGGCGCCCACUACCACGCCCAGCUAAUUUUUUGUAUUUUUAGUAGAAACGGGGUUUCACCGUGUUAGCCAGGAUGGUCUUGAUCUCAUAACCUCGUGAUCCACCCUCCUCGGCUUCCCAAAGUCCUGGGAUUACAGGCGUGAGCCACCACGCCUGGCCGGCUUUACUUCUAAUCCUCCACUUCUUGGUCUAUUUGAACCAUCACAAGUAUUUUGGGACCGAUAACAAACCCCUUUUAUGCUAAUUUAAUUCUUGACUUGGGUAAUAGGUGCACCUGGAUAAUUUAUAAAGCUGUCCAUAGAGCUAAGUUUAGUGGUACAGAUACUACUGGGCAGGAGAAAAAGCACAAGUUAAAAUAUUUCUACAGUCAGCUCUUAAUAUUCCCACAUCUUGUUUGCAAAAUUUUAUGGUCACGUUCUGGCUUUUUUACAUGAGGAAAACAAAGUUUUAACAGUUUUCUCUUCUGUCCCCUUCUCCAGAGGAGGUGUGAACCAGAACUGAGGAGGCCAGUUAUAUUUUAGGCUUUUCAGUAGUACGAUUUUGUCCUCUCCCACUGAGGAGGAGGGAAGAAGGGGGAAGCCAGUGGGAGUUCCACACACGUGGUCAGUGCUGUAAGUUCCCGGAUAUCAGUGUCUCUCACAUCAACACAGAAAUAGGGCACUUCUCAACAUUAAUUUUGGAAUUAUUCACCAUUUAAAAAUUGUCACUGCUCUUUUUCAUUACUGUAGAUAACUGAGAGUUAGCUGUUCUAGGAAAAGGCCAUGUUUCAGCUAGUGCUAUGAAUUCUUUUUUCGAUUAAGGUUGAAGCAGUGUUCUCUUAGUAGCCUGAACACUUCUCAAAGCGACUUAUCACUAGCGGCUUUAAUAUUGAGCUUCUAUAUCGUUGUGUCCACCUCACUUUUUAAGGCUGUUCAUACCUGGCAAUAUUCACUUACUCUGCUAUUUUUUAAAACUAUUUUAAAGUUUUAAGCACAAUGUUGACUCUUCUGUAAUUUCCUAAAAUUAUAUUGUUUUCCUACAGACAGCUCAACUUUCCUUGAUAUGUAACACUUUAGGAAAAUAACUGCCUUGUAAAAUAAACGUGAUUUUUUUUUCUUUUA